GACACUUUGUGGCGCCAGCGUUGCCGUUGAUAACAAACAACCAUUCGGAUAAGAGAGGCAUCUACACAGAGAGACAGGAAGAAAUCCGCCAUGGCUGCUGUCUCUUCAUUGACCUCUCCCUUGACAAGCAACACACCUCGACUUCACCUCAAACGCUACUACUCUCCAAGAGCCUCUCUUCAACAACAACAACAACAUUCUAAUUCUGUAUCGCUCGGUCGCAGGCAACUUAUUUCCCAAACUGCAGCUACUUCGCUCUUACUACCUCCUCUUACUUUCCUCUUAGGGAAACCGGCAAAGGCUGCCGAAGACUCGCUUUCCGACUGGGAGAGAGUGUACCUCCCUAUUGACCCCGGCGUUGUCCUCCUCGAUAUCGCAUUUGUCCCCGAUGAGUUGAACCACGGUUUUGUAUUGGGGACCAGGCAAACACUCUUAGAGACCAAAGAUGGUGGAGGAACUUGGGUUCCACGUUCAAUACCCUCUGCUGAAGAUGAAGAUUUCAAUUAUAGAUUUAAUUCCAUCAGCUUCAAAGGGAAGGAAGGAUGGAUUGUGGGCAAACCAGCAAUUUUGUUGUACACUUCUAAUGCUGGGGAAAGCUGGGAAAGGAUACCUUUAAGUUCUCAACUUCCAGGAGAUAUGGUGUAUAUUAAGGCAACUGGAGAAAAGAGUGCAGAAAUGGUUACAGAUGAAGGUGCAAUAUAUGUCACAUCAAACAGGGGCUAUAAUUGGAGAGCUGCUGUGCAGGAAACUGUUUCAGCUACUCUUAAUAGAACAGUUUCUAGUGGCAUUAGUGGCGCCAGUUAUUAUACUGGAACUUUCAAUACCGUGAAUCGAUCUCCAGACGGACGCUAUGUUGCUGUCUCAAGCCGUGGUAACUUCUACCUUACUUGGGAGCCUGGACAGCCAUACUGGCAACCACAUAACAGAGCAGUUGCAAGAAGAAUUCAGAACAUGGGAUGGAGGGCUGAUGGUGGUCUUUGGCUUCUUGUCCGUGGAGGAGGACUUUACCUAAGCAGAGGUACAGGGUUAAGUGAAGACUUUGAAGAAGUUCCAGUACAAAGUCGGGGUUUUGGCAUUCUUGAUGUUGGGUACCGCUCUCAGGAAGAAGCAUGGGCAGCAGGGGGUAGUGGGAUUCUAUUGAGAACCACUAAUGGUGGCAAGACUUGGACUCGUGACAAAGCUGCUGACAAUAUUGCUGCUAAUCUUUACUCGGUAAAGUUUAUCGAUGACAAGAAAGGAUUCGUGCUGGGAAAUGAUGGGGUCUUGCUUCGAUAUCUCGGAUAAAAAGCUGUUCGUCUGUUGCUCUUGCGUUUUGCGCAGCUGAUUCAAGCCAUCAUGCUUCAGCAUGCACACGGUAUAGAGAGAUGACGAGUUUCUUGGAAUUGCCAUUUUAUUUUCCAUCCACUGUUCAAUUUAU